AUGAUCAUUUCGUUCCUUCUCCGCUGCCAUGAUUCCACCUGGGCCUUUCUCCAUGCCGUUAUCCUCAAUAUUCCUCCAUCCCGACUGUAUAUCUUCCCUACCUUGGCUGGUACAGUCUGGUUCCUGACUCUGGCGUCCCUGCUUCUGACAUGGUUGGCUCGUGGAAUGCCCGUCUAUCCGGGUCAAAGUAAUCCACAUGUCGCCUUCAUCUCCGACAUUGCCUCCUUCGAACUAAAACCCCUCUUCCUCAUAGGUGCUUCCAUGACCGCCGUGGGGUUCGUUUUCACGGUAGCUGCUGUGCACGUCAUGCGCUACGAGCCCGGUUUCGCCUUAGUUAAAUGUCCAGUUAUCUCCGAAGACACUGCCAACAAUGAUCAGGAAUCCAAUGCGUCCUACAACAGAACUAGCGAGAACAAUCACCGAAAUACCCAGAAUCACAUAACCGGACAUGGACAUGAUGAGGAAGAGGAAGAAGGGGAAGAAGAAGACCAAGAAACAACCCGCACCCUCAAAGUCAUAUCGUUACUAUCAAUCCUCGCAGCCGGAACGGCCAGUACAGCGCUCAUCCUCCUCGGAGUUAUGGAUACAUUCCGCUACAAAUUCGCCCAUCAUAUCUUCCUUCGCAUCUGCUUCGGAUGCUUGGCGAUACAGUCAGCCGGUACCGCGAUUGUCUAUUCAACUGAGGUCCUGAGUUUCGUGUCGUAUUUAUACCACUGGGGGGUAUGGGGCAAUGAUUGGGGAAGAAAGAGGAGUACACGAGUUAGGAUAUUAACAGCUGGUAUCCUCGAGUGGAUCAUUGCAUUCCUAGGGACGAUCUAUCUAUGGCUCUUCUGUGGGUUCUUUGAUCGAACCACCUUCGAAGGCUACGUCCCCAGCAUUUUAUACAAUACAGCCCCGCAUGGCAAAUUCCUCGACCGUCCCGCAGUAGCAGGGGUAGGAGUAGCUGAAGCUGAAGCUGAAGCCGAGUCUUCGUACAGCGCUGCUGGUAAUACCCUGGAUGUGGAUCCUGAGCGGGCGCCGUUGCUUCCUCAGUCUCAAGCUCAGGAGCCUAUAAUCAUGCAUAAAGCAAUAUACCGACUGAGACGUACCAUAUAA